GUGUUUUAUUUUAUUUUUUUUUUACUACUUAUAAGAACUAUCAUUCACACUAACAAAAAUCAAUUUUGAAGAUUUUUAUAUUUGUUGAUGUCCUCCUUUCUUUAUUUUUUGAAAUGUUUUAGGUCGGACUUAAAUAAUUCGGUAGGGCAUUAUUAUCCCUUUAGUUUGGAUUUUUUGUCUUUUUUUAUGGUUCAUGUUUCUUUUUUUAUUAUGGUGGCGUCAAUAAUUAGCAGAUAUAGUCAUGUAAAUUCAAAUUUGUCUUUUUUUAUGGUUAUUAAUAUUAGUAUUUUUUUAAUUUUGAUUCUUUUUUUCUCGGUUUUUAAUGUGUUACUUUUUUUUUUAUUCUUUGAAAUGGUUUUGGUUCCAAUAUUAUUACUUAUUAGUAAAUGGGGUGCCCAGUCAGAGCGAAUUAUCGCUAAUUAUUAUAUAUUUAUGUAUACGGUUGUGAGGUCAAUUCCAUUAUUAUUAUUUUCUUUAUAUUGUAUAAAAGUUUAUUUAGGUUAUUAUUCUUUUUUUUUUCGGGGUGAGUUAGGUUUUUAUAUUCCUAAUUUGGUUGGUUUAUUGUUAAUUAUAGGUUUUCUUUGUAAGUUGCCUAUUUAUUCUUUACAUUCGUGAUUGCCAAAGGCGCAUGUGGAGGCGCCUGUGGGAGGUUCUAUGAUUUUGGCUAGGUUGUUAUUAAAGAUAAGGGGUUACGGGUUAGUUCGAUUUUUUAGUUUGACUAGUUUUUCUUAUGGGGCAGUUUUUCUUAUGUUGUUAAUUAUUGUUGUUAUCGGGAUAUUGAUUCCUGUAUUGUUAUGUUCUCGGAUGGUCGAUAUUAAGUCGUUUAUUGCUUUUAGUUCCAUCAGUCAUAUGUGUAUUGCUGUUGUUAGGUUGAUAGUAUUUAGAAUAUACGGGUUAGUGGGGUGUUUGGUUUUGUUUAUUGGCCACGGGAUUAUUUCCCCGAUGAUAUUUUUUUCUGCUAACAUGUUAUAUGAAAAAUUAAAGUCUCGUAGUAUGAUGGGAGUUAUGGGUUCCGAUAAUUUGUCGGUUAUGUUUAUGUGAAUUUUUUUAGUGGUUAUUUUAGUGAAUAUAGGGAUACCCCCCUUUUUUAAUUUCUUUAGGGAGUUGGCCUGCUAUGCAAGGAUCUUUAGUUAUGGGUAUUCCUUGGGAAUUAUGUUAUUAUUGACUAUGGUAUUCACUGGGGCAGUAAUAUUUUAUUUUGUUUCUAAGGUCAUAAAAGGUGGAUUUAGUGGUAUGAUUUUAAGGGAGUUUAAUUCUCGUGAGUAUAUGAAUUUAAUGUUUAUAUUUAAUUUAGUAGUAUAUUAUACUUUGAUGUUGCCUGUUUUUUAA